AGACUAAACUAAAAGAAGUAUCAUUUCAGCAGCUAUGUGGUAGACGUCCGGCAACGCCGCAAACCGAAACGACAGCGAAACAAACAUGGCGCCGUUGAUAGCCAAGAAUUGUCAGUUUUCAUCAAAAUAUUAACAUUUGCUUGUGUUCCAAGUCGAAAUGGACAGCAAAAAGAGCCCGAUAAGAAGGGCAAAACGUUCGGCAAAAGUUUUAGAGGAUAAUUUUUGGGAUUGUAGCGUGUGCACGUUCAGAAACACGGCGGAAGCCUUUAAAUGCCUGAUGUGUGACGUCCGAAAAGGAACUUCGACCCGAAAACCGAGAAUCAACCCUCAAUUAGUGGCCCAACAGGUAGCCAGCCAGUUUCUUCCAGCUACGAGUAACCAGAAACGUGAGAAAAAAGACAAGAAAUCGUUGAAAAAGCGUCGCCACCCUCCGCGGCUGAAAAACAUAGACAGGAGCAGCGCUCAAACAAGGGAAGUUACAGUGAACAGUGUUACCGUUGUUAUUACAGAAUACAAGCCAAAAAUUAAAUCGUCUGAAACAGUUUCAAGUAGUAGUUCUUCUGAACACGGUUCCCAAUCGGAAUCUAGCAUGGACGCGCGGUGAUUUUUUUUUUGAAAACUGCACUUCUCCAUGUCCUAGUGAAGUGGUAUGCAGUCUGUGCAUUAGGGUGCAGUGACUUUAAAUCGAGGACGAUGACUUGUGACGUCAGGUAUGCAUUUGAGGACUAUUAUUUUAUAAUUUAUUUGUACAAAAAUAUACAACUAACACAGGUAUGCAGAUAAAAUUAUUCUAUUUUUGUACAUAUUUGUGGUACGAUUUUAAUAGAUAUAUUCAGAUCCGUAUUUAGUAUACCUAUUUUAAAUGUUGACAAAACGUCAUUUGUCAGUGUUGUCACAAUGUAGGACAUGUCCAUGCAUUAGAAUUUAAAAUAGAUAAAAACAAUUCCUAGGUAGGUACCUAAUACAUACAGAUGCAAAACUGAUUUUGAGCUAAGCUUAUUCUUUAAAAUUACAUAACUAACUACCUACCUACCUAAUUGCUAAUUUUUAAAGUGAGUCAGUUUUUCAUGUAUUUCCAUUUUCUUAUGUUUUCACCCUAUAUAGCUGCUUUCAGGAUAUAUUACUUGACAAGAAGAAGUUGCUAUCUAAUAAAUUUACAUGUAUUUCUAUAAAUGUCACUUUUCCCUCCACUGCAGUGUAAUAAUUAUUUAAAACGCCCAUUGUAUUAGCUCUAGCAUUAUCAUCUGGGGGGUUUAGUAGAGGGAUAGCUGGUUAACACGACCGAAAUAAUAAAACAAUGUAAAUUUCACCCACUAAGCAAAAUACAUUCGCUGCAAAUUUAUUGUAAGCUUAUAUAAAUGUAAGUUUGUUAAAUAUUUAUUGAUAGCUUUCAGCCUCAUUCUAAACUUGAAAAAUAAACUUAAUAUGCUAUACUUUUUAAGUAGAAUCUUACAAAAUUAACUUAUUAACAUACGAUCAAAAACUUAUUUAAAGUUUCAAUUUAAAUAUCUAAGAACAUUCAUUAUUAAAUUGUCUGAAAAUUUUCAAAAUUACACUUUGAUUUACAGUGUUAAAUUUAAACUUCUAUCAUAUUUACUAUUAUAAAUAUGCUUUAAACUCUCAGGAUUUCAUUGUCUUUGUACCAGGUAUUUUGAAACUUCUAAACUAGAUGAAAUGAAGUGAUCUUUUCACCAAAAUUCUUUAAGUUUUUUCUAUGUACCCGCCGUUUUUUGCUCACAUCCGGGGCUUAACCAGAAAUUACAUUCUGUAUUUUUGGAGAUAAGGCAACUGUUACCUAUUUCGAAUUAUUUUUCUCAGUUCACUAGCCACUGUUUUCCCUUUCCUAAAGUGUCACACUCUCAUAAAUUGUUAUAAGGGUUGAUGGUUUUAUAAUCUCUUAAAAUAAAUACUGCAUAUUAUUUUUAUUGUUCAAUAAAGUGGUAUUUUACUCUUUGUUAGAUUGAGUUUCAUUGUACAUCUUGAAUAAUAGGUAACUGAAGUAACAUGUAAAUUACAAGGUUUUUUUUUUAAAGCGAAUAAAAUCCACCUAAUAUAAUUGAAGUUACAAGUGGAUGAAGGGCCUAUGUAACAUUUUUUUUAAUGGUGCUUUUCUGUGAAUGAAGGGCUUAUGUUCCUAAAAUUCGUUUAAAAUAUCUUCCGUCACAAUAUAUCAUCU